AUGCAUCAGCCGAAAGCGGUAACUCCAGAGGAGCGGUUGGAGCUCAAGCACGUUCUUCUUCUUAACGCUGAAAAGCGCGGGGGCGAGAGCGGCACCAAUCGCCGAGCGAGGAAGUCGCUGCACUUGAAGAUCGUAGGAGGCUUUUUGGCACAACUGGAGCAGCUUGAACAGGAGGUCGGCGCUUUGCACCCGGUGGACGCUUCUAAUAAGCAGGUAGCACUGGAGUACAUUGAUUGGUUGAAGGGCGGUAACUUUCCCACGCAUCACCAGCCACUUCCUGAGUUUCAGACGUCGCCAGUUGGACCUCCUCUCUUCCCUGUCGUUCCUAGUGCUCCAUCUUCUUCAGUGACUCCAGAGACUCCCGACAAUAGAGCCGUCACUGAUAAUAGAACCUCCGGGGCUGUACCCGUGAGCGAGCCACGCGAGCCACCGUAUCCACCGCCUUCGAUUCGUGCCUUGGGUACUAAUUCAGAAAGGGUUGCGGGAUCUUCAGGGCUAGAGGCUUCCGGGUCGCUAAGUGUUCUUCCGAGUGGGAGAAAUUUGCCGCCCCAGCCUCCUGUUCCAAAAGCUAAAACAGGAGUCACGCCAUCUACUGCACCAAACGUCGGACCAUAUCUCACGCUCGGACAGCGAGCAGCGGUUAUCUCACCUAACAAUCCGUUGCUUCGUGUGCGGUCGAGAUCUCCACCACGGUCCUCUUCGAUCCCAUCUGGAUCGGCAGGUAGCGGGGUUGGACCCGAGAGGGAGCGCGAGGCAGCCGAGGAGAUUCUUGAAUCAGCCGAGGAGGCUGCGGAGGAGUCUCUUGAUUCAGGUGCGGCUGCAAGCAGCGGGGUUGGACCCGAGCGCGCGACAACAGGCAGCGGGGCUGGACCCGAGAGGGAGUUGAGGUUCCGACCUGUGGCGCGUCAGGUGACUUCGCUUAAGGUUGCGGAGGGAUUGCUUCCGCCGGGUACUUCUGUGCUGCUGUCAUUGGACAUUCAUUUGGUCGCUGACCGCGACGAGGCGAGGACAUCUGCGUGCCUUGAGAGACUCUUGCGAGAGCACUCGGACUUGGCUGUGAUUUUCUGCUCGUACGCGGUGAAGCAAAAGACCAUUGAUAAGGCGGUCCAGUGUAUCCACCGUAUUUGUGAUCGGACGAUUGUGCGGCGCCCUUUGACCUUUCCCAUUUUCUUCACGACAUCCAAGAUUGCGCCGGGCACAGGCAAAGGAGCACAAUUGUCUAAGUUGGCGGAUAUCUUUAGCCGGUCGCGCCCCGCUCCACUGAUUUUUUUGUAUCACGUGGACGAUCAAGAUCCGAUUUGCAAGAACGUGACAUCCUACGGCCAUCACGGUGUGCAUUGGGCGGAGGAGGACCCGCGUGCUUUGGAUCAGAUCGUGUGGGAGCUCUGCUGGCUCUAG